AAGACAUCAUGAGAGUUGUCCAUAACAAACUACCAAACCAGGACAACAACCUGAUUAAGUUCCUGAAGAAGAAGAUUGGUGACUUGGAGACAGACAAGAGGGAGCUGAUCGGUGUCUUUGGCAGAACUGGAGCUGGAAAGAGCUCUUUGAUAAAUGCUGUCAUUGGAGAGAAGAAUCUCUUGCCCUCUGGAAGUAUCAAUGCAUGUACCUCAGUCAUGAUUAAAGUGGAGGCCAACAUGAUGAACCAAAAAUAUGAGGCAGAAAUUGAGUUUAUUGCAAAAGAGGAGUGGAAAGAUGAGAUGUGGUCUUUCAUUAAUUUCCUACGGGAGAAUGAAGACGAACAAAAUGAUCUGGAAGAUGACGAUGAGUAUCGUGACACUGUUGAAAGGCUUUGUGCAGUGUAUGGAGAAGAAUGGAAUAACAUACCCCGUGAAAACCUCAUGGAUAACAAAUACUUCAAAGAAAUUCCAGAGUUUCUCAAUUCCAAGACGAAGCUUUUGACAUGUGAAUCAGCUAAAGAGCUGUCUGCAAAAUCUGUCAAAUACACAAGAAGUGACUCGAAAGACGGAGACACAAAAGAAGUGAAGAGGUGGUAUUGGCCACUAGUGAAGUGUGUGACUGUGAGGGUGCCUAAUAAUGAGCUUCUUCAGCAUGUCACACUUGUGGAUCUUCCUGGAAAUGGGGACCGUAACAAGAGCAGAGACAAGAUGUGGAGAGAGGUCGUUUAUUUACAU